AUGUUGAAGAUUCCAAUGUUGGCAAACUAUGAUGAGGAUUCGGCGGAAAUUAUGUUUGCUGCCGGUUUAUAUUGGAGUACAGAUGGAAAGGGAGAGAGGCACUGGUGUAUAAGGGAUUGUCUAGCGUCCCUAGGAUUGACAAUGUUGAUGGGAAUCUGUUGCUCCACUAUCUUAUACUGCGGGAUCAAAACUUAUCAGAAAAUGAGGGAAAUGAAAGAUUCGUUGAGUAAACAAACCGCCGCAUUGAAUAACCAACUUUUCCUGACUUUGAUUCUACAGACAGUCCUUCCGUUUGCUCUGAUGUAUGCACCUGUCGGAUUACUAUUCUUCCUCCCACUUUUCGAGAUAAACCUCGGAUUUCUCGCCAGUUCUGCUGCUGGUUCCACAGCUAUCUACCCCGCUUUAGAACCCCUUAUCGCUAUUUUCUGUAUCAAUUUGUUUCGUAACACAGUGCUUUGUAGAAAGAAGAAAAUAAGCACAGUCUAUGAUUUAUCUUCUACAGUUGCACCGGCAUAA